GUCACGAUCUCUCGCAUUGCCCAAACAUGAGUUUCCUAUGGAAUCUUGGCACCGCAAAGAAGCCGGUCGCCAGUGCAAAACCUGCCAGCCCGCCACACUUUCAGUCCAUGAACGUGGCAUUUCGCCGCGGCGUACAAUACAACAUGAAGGUGGCCAUAAGAGGUGAUGUGAUGACCGGAAAAUCAUCACUCUUCCGAAGGCUGCAAGGUGCAGAUUUUGAUAGCAACUACAUCUCAACGCCCCAAAUAGAAGUGUCUAAUAUACAGUGGAAGUAUAAAGACUCUCCGGAUAUCAUCAAGGUGGAGGUAUGGGAUGUUGUAGAUCGAGCAAAGAAUGCAGUAACGUCACCAAGCACAGAAGCUGGAAUAAAAUUGGAACAUAAUUCUGCGCAAAAGCAACAACCGAAACGAGGUACCCCACCCCCUUCCACAGCCGAGCUGGGAGAUCUGGGGUUGGACGCAAGUACGGUCAAUGUAUAUAGAAAUUGUCAUGCCGUCAUUUUUAUGUUUGAUAUGACAAAACCAUGGACAUUUGAGUAUGUUAUCAAAGAGCUACCUUCUGUGCCUGGUAAUGUCUCCAUAUUAGUCCUGGGUAAUUUCAAUGACAAAGAUCUAAACGAGAGGAAGGUUUCACUGGACACGGUGCAUGCUGCUCUGUAUGAUCUUAAUCAGGAACGCAUAAAGGAAAAAGACGCCACGAAACCCAACUUGAUACGGUACAUUGAAUGUAGUAUGUCUACUGGAAGCGGCCUUCGUUUUAUCUAUGCGUAUCUCGGUAUACCCUUUUUACAGCUACAAAUAGAAUCAAUGAAGCAGCAAUUGGAAAGCAAGGCGAUUGAAGCAGUUAAUUUGUUGGAUGAAUUGGAUCAAAGUAAUGAAGUUCCUGAGCAACUGCAAAGGAUUCGGGGCCAAGAUAACUUUCAACAACCAUCGACAUCCACGCUGGACGAGCAGCGCUCAACUAUGCGAGAGGCAUGGGAGGCAGAGUUGGAUCAAAUUGCAAGAGAUCACGGUAAGGAGAUUUGCCUUGGCUCGGCGGACCGGAUGUUUUUAAGUAGGCACGAACAUUUCCAAUGAUUUAACACCAUUCCAACGCGUCAAUAGAGCCAGCAUUUGACAUGCCGCUAUCACAUACAAUCAAAAGCAAGACUCCAACUCCACCCAUGAGUCCGGUUCAAGUCGAAAGAGUCAGACCUCUACCUCUUCGUACCAAAGAAGAUGUACCAGCUGCUAUUGACCACUUCAAUGCUGGCACAAUUGAUACCGACUUUUUCCUCGAAGAGGCUCCAGAGGUUAAGCCUCAGCAAGUUCGAUCGGUGAAAAAACAAA